GCUGCUCGGGCAAGAGUUGCCUGAUGUUGUACAGAAAAAUCAAGAAGCCGUGUGGGAUGAAAAAUUCAGAAACUUUUGCUAAAUUCUAACAAAUCUACGAUUUUAACAAAGAAGUCGCUCGAUUGAUUUAAUAUUGAGUACUCGCUGCACAUAUUUGCUCUGCCGCAAUUUGUUUAUUUUGCUGUGCUGUUGGUUUAUUGUAAGUGGUCACUGGCUAAGCAGCGCAUUUCAUUUUUUGCAAAAUGGACGUACAUCGCCUCAUUGCGGAAGUACAGCAGCGGCGUGCUCUGUGGGAUACAAGCAUUCCCUUUUUAACCCGCAAGGUCGAAUGGAAUAUACAGUGGAUGGAUGUGUCUAACGCUCUGAAGCUGGACGUUGCGACAUGCAAGAAGCGCUUCAAUAAACUGAGGGACAAGUACCGCUGCGAGAUCCGGAAGAUACAGCACGGUAGCGUUCAAGAGUCCAACUGGACGUACUUUCGCUGCUUGGAGUUCAUGCGCUGCAUAUACGAUCCAACCGGUCUCGUGGCAUUCGCCCCCGAGCCCUACGAGUAUAAAUCUGAGUCGGAAGAGUCCUCCAACGACAGUGAUAAUAACCUGUGGGAUAAUUUUGACUUAAAUCUGGACAAUGAUGAUUCGAUAGAUUUUUUAACUAUGGGCGACAUAUUCAAUCGUGACUCGCCCGAGACACCUCUAAUGCUGGUCGGGUCUUCGUCCUCGUAUGACGGUCCCAUAUGGGAUGACAACUACCUGAUCAACAGUCAAAUGACAACAACAAACGAAGCGGACUCACUUCCAGUAGCCAGCAGUCCUUCAAGAUCCGAGUCCGAAGACGAUGCGGACUACAAUUUUUUGGCUAGUCUUAUACCGCACAUGAAGUCCCUCUCGGAAACGGGCAAACUCAAAUUUCGCAUGGAGGCCAGCCGCAUUAUGAUGGAACUAAAAAAUGAGGAGGCUACCCCUGAACCCCCCGGUAUGGAGGCUGAUACGGAUCCAAAUACAGAUUUUAUACCCAACAACGAUAUGAACGACUAUGAAGGCGAUACGAAGGACGAGGGCGAAGUUAAGAUAGAAAAUGAACCUUUGCUAUAAGGUUCAUAGAUGUGGAAUGAACAUGAGAAACUAUAAGCCGGACAACAUGGAACAAGGAACAUGGAAAAAAUGCGCUUAAUCAAAAUCCACAUAUAUUCUUGUAAUUCUUAUCACCUUAUUGAAUAUGUUUUUCCAAAAUAAAUAUUAUGGUGGCAGAUAAUGCCCCGAAAGAGUGGAUCCUAAGAAAGAC